AUGUUGAAAGCGAUACAAGCAUUCGCCGCCGUAUCUCUUGCGUGUCAAGCCUGGCUUCCUGUCGCUUGUGGACAAGACGUCGCGCUGGCCGACAAGAUCAACCUUGAAAAACGGGACGAACAAGCAGACGCACUGGUGCCUAAAGGCUCUCAUCGACAGAAAGGCGACUGGGAGUUCCUACAAGAAUACUUUGCUCGUCCGCUCAACGAUCACAACCUCGGCAGCGUUUGGGACAGUUCUCGGAGCCUCGGGACGUUCUGGAACGUUGAGGGUAUCAACAACUUCCCCAAACAAGCGGCGUUCGGCAAAGAGCCCGACGCCAAAUCUGAUAUAACCAACCGAUGCGUACUUGUGUUCUAUUACCCUGGCUACUGGAAGGAGCUUGGCAACGCCAGCGAGAUCACCGAUAUCUACGCGUUUUACGAUAGACCGUUAGCUGUGGCACCCCUGUGCGGGCCGGUCGAUGCGCCUGACAGCUACAAGGAGUUUCCGCGAGCAUCCAAAGAGGAAGACAAGGACAAGGUGGAUUCGCUGGUCUUUCGAAGCUAUUAUAGCAAAGAUCCGGAUGCCACCGACAUUUAUUAUGUCGUUAGGGAACCCAAAUAUGUCCCAGGUCCACAGCCCGAUGAUUGGAAAUUGGAAGAGCUCGACAACGAUGCCAUCUUUCUGGCCAAAGACGAUGCUAAAUUCAUGCCCGGUAGCCUCCGUGACAACAAGGAUAAUACAAAGAAGGCGAUCCGCGUUAGUUUGAGGAAAUGGACCAAGGACAAUAAUAACGGCAACGUCCCGAAUCCGUACAAGUCUGGACCGGGAUCUGAUGCUUGGUGGAAAUGGUCACAGGUCAACUUUUUCUGGGGAUAUGGAGAAAAUGGAAGCCGCAAGCCUCACCCUUAG